GAUGUAUUUGUAAUUUUAAUUUUUUAGAGAGAGAUUGGGUGUGUGCGCGCUAUCUUUUCCCUCGCGCUUGUAAAUAGAAGCACCCGUCAUUUACGUUUUCGGACACUUGUAGAUCAUCGCCCAAGCAGUGCCUUUCUCUCUCUGUCUCUCUCAUAUCGAUCUUAUUCGAUGUCGUGUAUUCUUAUGGUGGCCCUGGCUCUGUUUCUCUUGAUCUUCGGAGCUUUUCCAUCAUCAUCAUGGGCUUCAAUUGAUUCUGGUUCAAUUCUGAGCACUGUUAUCGACAACAACAACAACAACAACAAGGGCGAUCAGCCUGAUUUCGCUGUCGAUUUGAACGCCACGAAUUUCGAUGCUGUUCUGAGGGACACACCAUCUACCCACGCUAUUGUCCAAUUCUCCGCUAACUGGUGCCCAGCUUGCAGAAUGUACAAGCCACAUUACGAAAAGGUAGUGAGGCUUUUCAAUGGACCUGAAGCAGUUCAUCCGGGGAUCAUAUUGAUGACAAGGGUAGACUGUGCAUUGAAGGUAAAUAAGGAACUUUGUGAAAGGUUCUCUGUGGUUCAUUAUCCUAUGCUAUUAUGGGGCCCUUCUUCUAAAUUUGUUGCUGGUGAUUGGAAACCUAGACAAGACAAAAGUGAGAUACUUGCCAUUGAUGAUCGACGGACAGCUGAUCGCUUGCUUAACUGGAUUAACAAGCAAAUGGGCAGCUCAUUUGGCUUGGCUGAUGCUGUCGGUUUUGAUGAAGGAUUGGAGUUGGAAAAUGGUAGUGCGGUGUCAUCUGGGUAAACAUGGGUACAUUUUCGUACAUAUACAUACAUGCAUUGGGAUCUCAAACAUAGAAGUUGUUUCGUUAGUUUAAUUCGGGCAAUAAAAUUUUACUCCGUAAGUGUACCAUUUUAUUUUUUUGAUAUUUCUGAGGGUGUUGAUGGCGUUGGUGGAAUUUCAUUGUUUAAACGUUAGACUGUGAAAUUUUACUAUGUAAACGUACUUACAUUGUUGUGAUAAAUUUCUCCUUAAAUAUUUGGUGAUAGUGCGUGGUGAUUA